AUGUCGGAAAGCAAAAGGUUGGAAAUCUUUGAAAGUGAUUAUUAUAGAAUGUAUACAAAUGCAUUGAGACUCAUAGGAUUGUGGCCUUUUGAAUGCACAUACCGGCAAAGAAUCAUACGUUUUUUUAUUAUCAUCCUUUUAAUAACUUUCACGAUUCUGCAAGGUAUACGUCUUUACGAGGAAUUCGGUCAAAAUUUAGACAUAGUUUUAGAGCUCAUAGGUUCUAUUACAUUCUUCAUAGGCUGCAUUCUUAAAUAUAUUGUAACGAUACAAACACAAUCAAUGUUUCAAUUUUUAUACGAACAAAUUCAGAGUCAUUGGGAAAUAGUUACGAACCGAGAACGCCGAAUAUUAGAACAGUCGGCAAACGACAGUCAGUUUUUUACUAAACUCUACAUGGGCGCUGCUUAUGGUGCUUUAAUAGUGUACGUUUCCACACCUAUAAUCGUACCAAAUGUUUUGGACGUCGUAAUACCUCUUAAUGAAUCUCGUGCAAAGACGUUUCCUUAUUUUAUCGAGUACUUUAUUGAUACAGAGGUGUACUAUUAUCAGUUAAUGGCACAUGGAACGCUUUGCUUUACUAUUUCCGCACUAGUUUAUGUUAGCAUUGACACCAUGUAUGCUACGUGCUCUCAACAUCUCUGCAGUCUUUUUGAUGUUGUUGAAUAUCGGCUUGAAAAAGCAUCGAAAACUGAUAGCAAAAUGAAUGUAAACCUAGACCUCAAUGGCAAUGAUAAAAAUAUAUAUAAAUUACUUAAUGAAGCUAUAGUCUUACAUCAAGAUUCUUUGGAAUUUGCUUUGUUUAUUGAAAAUACAUAUGCUUCUUGCUUCCUACCGGUAUUGGGCUUAUACUUAACUAGUAUUGUAAUUGUCGCUGUUGAUAUAGUUAUAAACCUAGGUGAUAUGAAUCAAAUCAUAAGAUUGUCCAUUUUAUACUUUGCUUUUUCAUUCCAUGUGUUUUUUAACUGUGUUCCGGGGCAAAAAAUACACGAUAAAAGUGUCAGCAUUAUGAACUCAGCAUAUUUUUCUGAAUGGUAUAAUUUGCCACUUGAAGCGAAAAAAUUAAUUCAAAUAAUAAUACACAGAAGCUCAAUUCCUUGUAAAUUUACAGCUGGAGGUAUAGUUGUACUGAAUGUUGAAAAUUUUAUAGUUAUAAUGAAGUCUACAUUGUCCUACAUAACUCUUUUAUCAUCAAUAAGAUAA